AAAUCAAUGUCCAUUUUUUACUUGUUCAAUAUGCUAAAAAUAAAUGUUCAUUUUUACUUGUCCAAUAUAUUAAAAAUAGACGUCUACUUUUACUUGUCUAGUUUGGAAAAUCAAGAUAUAAUUGUCAUUCUAUUUAUAGUUGUUAAGGGUGUGCCAAGUCAAUACAUGACAAGUACAAAUAAACGGAGGGAGUACCAACUACCCCUCUUAAGGGAAAAUAAAAAAAAAGUUAAUUCAAGAAAAUGUGUUUUUAUUUUCGUGUUUUCUUUCUCUUCUCGUUUGAUAUAUAAAGUAGGCGUUUGGCAAUAGAAACCAAAUACGUUUCACUUUAUUUGAAAUAUUUGAAGUUGAAGAUGAAGAUGGAGUUGUGUUUGGUUAUAGUUUUUGCAAAGAAUAUUUGAUUGUUUGAAUGUAAGCGAAAAAAAAAGCUGAAAACAGGGUUCUAGGUGUUUUCCAAAAUCCAAAUAAAGUGGAAAAAAAUUCCGGAAAAAAAGUGAAUUAUUAUCGUGGCCAGACGAGUUUAUCUGAAAAAAUAAGGGAAAACAUACAAUUUGUAAAAAGGGUGUCAAGUAGACCUGUCACAAUCAAGUUUAAGCUUGCGUAUUUAUUAGACCCAUCUUGUGGGCAAGCAUUUGUUUGUGUGGUUGAUGAACAAUUUAAUGUUUCAUUGUUUUCACUGAUUAGGUGAAGGAACAAGUAGCUGAAAAUGAUGUGGUGGAGUUAAACAGGAUGGAAGAUACAUUUGUGGUGUUGGACUGGAAGGGCCUGAGCUUCUGUUUCUGUAUUUGAAUAGUUAUAACCUUUGUCUACUUAUAAUUGAUUUCUCUGCGCAUCUUAAUCAGCCUCGUACUAGCGCUUCUUGUCUGUUUACUGGAAUCCAACAGCUCUGUGAAAUAGAUCCAAGUCCUAAUUACUUUUUUGCAUUCGAUGAGUCUGGAAAUUUGGUAAAGUCAAUUUCGUAAGCAUUCUUUCAGAAGAUGGAGUGGAAUGUGAAGUGGGACUGGGGAAAUCUGGUAAUGUUUGGUUCAAAGGCAUCUGAAAGUCCAAAAGAACUACAAUUAACAGAUUGGGGAGUCGAAGAAGAUGCUGGAUCUUUCAAUUUGUCGAGUGGUACUGGUGGUUAUGGUUCUUCGAUCAAAAGCUCAAUAUCAGCUUCUACUGACUCUUCACCAAAGGAGGGCUUCAAACCAUCCAACUUUGCUUUUGAUGCUUCUCAUGAGGAUCUUAUUAAGAAAUUGGAACCUUCCAAAGCUAAUUCACCACCCAUGGAGGCUUCAGUAGUCUCUGUUGAGCCAGUGAUAGGUCUAAAACUUGGUAAACGGACAUGUGAGGCCAUUGGUGCUAAGGUUUCGUCCUUCCCCCCGAACCCCACCUCAUCUGCUGCUGCAACAAAGAAAGCAAAAUCAUCAAGUCAGAAUGCACCAAUCCCUCGCUGUCAGGUUGAAGGCUGCAAUCUUGAUCUUUCUUCAGCUAAAGAAUAUUAUCGGAAGCAUAGAGUUUGUGACACUCAUUCCAAAUCCCCAAAGGUUAUUAUAGCAGGUGUAGCACGACGCUUUUGUCAACAGUGUAGCAGGUUCCAUAGCGUGUCUGAAUUUGAUGAAAAGAAGCGAAGCUGUCGCAGGAGGCUCUCUGAUCACAAUGCUCGGCGCCGCAAACCUCAGCAAGAAACUAUCCAGUUCAACUCAGCAAGGCUUUCUUCCUUGUUUUAUGAUGGCAGGCAACCUAUGAAUCUUAUGCUCAACCACGCCCAAAAUAUUUACUCCAGAACAGCUGCAAACUCUACCUGGGAGAGCACUAAAGACUCUAAGUUCAGUAUAACAAGAGGGUUUACUCCAAAGCCUGAAAGAACUGGCAGCACAAAUGGGCAUUCACUAUUGGAGGGGAUCCAGUUUUCACAGAGUAAUGCAUCUAGCUUGCUCUUGCCCUCUAAGGGCACCACAGCCGAGGUUUUCAAUCGAGGUGCCAAGGAAUCCAUGUUCAAUAUGGUAACAGGACCGGAAUUUCCUCGUGCUCUCUCUCUUCUGUCAACUAAUUCGUGGGGUUCAUCCGAGCCUGAGACUGUUUCACUCAACCACCACCCAACACAUGCAAAUCAGACCAGCAUGCCCCAGCAGCAGAUGAUGCAUGCAAUUCCACAGGGUGUGCCACAUAUGUCCAGUCAAUACUGGCAGCCUGGACAACAUUCGUUGCCUGCUAAUACUCACAGUGGCGGUAGCUUUCAGGAAAUGGAACUCCUCAAAGCUCCAUUCGACAGUGACUUUUAUCUCAACGCAUUGAACUGAAAUUUUCAGGAUUUGGUGCGCUUUCCAUUUUGCCUUUUGACACGCCAAAACUUGAAUCAAGCCGAAGUUCUGUUAGUAGGAUACUUCAAGCAGUUUGUUUGCCACUUUAAAAUAGUGUUGGUAUAUAAAUAUAUAGGUUGGGCUUUUAAACUCCAAAAAAGAAAGUCUUAUUCUGAAUUAUUCAGUAAAUUUUCUUUUGCUUAAUUUAGACAGCAGCAAGGACUGAAGAAUUGUAGUUUCUUGAUUCUGCAACUUGGCACAUAACUGCACAGGUCCGACUUAUGAAUGACUCUUUAUCCUUUUUCAUCA